AUGAGCCAAUCAGAGCACACUCAUGCACCAAAAAACUACUUCCAAAGACGAGAGUUCUCCUUCACACUUGCUGAUGAUAUAUAUUUGAGGUACCAGUCAUUUAGAGACCAAGAGGAUAUGGAGAAGGAGGUCAAGAAAAAUUGUCCACACAAGAUUGAUAUUGGUGCCAUCUACAAUUCCAAACCCAAGGAUCACCGCACCGUUCACAUGUUUGCACCACAAGAAAAAGAACUUGUUUUUGACAUUGAUAUGACAGAUUAUGAUGAAGUUCGGACGUGUUGUUCUGGUGCAGAAAUAUGUAAAAAAUGCUGGAAAUUCAUGACCAUUGCUGUCAAGAUUUUGGAUACUGCUCUAAGAGAGGAUUUUGGGUACCAGCAUAUUCUCUGGGUGUACUCUGGUCGUCGAGGUGUCCAUUGCUGGGUGUGUGAUGGAAGUGCUCGUGCAUUAUCGCAGUCUUCGAGGGUUGCCUUAGCUGAAUACUUGCAGUUAAUCCGAGGAGGUGACAGUGUGACCAAGAAAGUGAAUAUUCCAAAUAAACUUCAUCCUUCUCUCAAGCGUGCUGAAGGAAUUGCCAAAAAAUUCUUCAAUGAUCUUAUUUUAUCAGACCAAGAUCUUUUAGGCACUCCACAACUUUGGGGUAAAGUUCUUGCAUUAGUUCCUGACCCAGCCCUGCGUGAAUCUCUGGAGAAUACUAUGCCCCAAUGUGUCAACUCUCAGCAACGUUGGAGCACGAUCAAAACUGAGAUUAACAGAACUCUUAGUAAGUCUGAGCACAAGAAAGGUUAUCGGCCAUAUCUACUGACUGAAAUCAUCCUUCAGCUUGUUUAUCCGAGGCUAGAUAUACACGUCACAAAGGGCCUCAACCACUUGCUGAAGUCACCUUUCUGUGUCCACCCGAAGACAGGUCGUGUAUGUGUAUGUUUUGACCCACUCAAGGCUGAACAAUUUGAUCCUAUGGCUGUACCACAUUUAAGUCAGCUGAUGGAGGAGAUCAGCAACUAUGAUGCAGGUAAGACAGAUGAAGAACGUGGAGCUGUGGCCGAAUACAAGAAAACCUCCAUGAAACAGUCUAUAGAUCUCUUUGAUUCCUUCCUCUCCAGCUUGGGCAAGGAAAAUGUUGCGAGACGGAGAGAAGAGAGUGAUAUGAAGCUGGAUUUUUAACAAGUGAUCAAGAAUCAGGUGUUGGUGUUUCGUCCAGAGCACAGGACCAUGUUCAGGAAGAAUUACAUGUAUGGAUAUUAUGGCUCUGUUAUAGGUGUGAAAUGGACUCAGAGUAGUAUAAGUUUACAGUGGUUUGCUUUUAGAGAAGAAAAUGGUAACAUCAAAUCGAAUCAAUUUGAAUUAUAGGUACACAGAAAUGUAUGAAUUUAUUGAUAGUUUUGUUUUAUUACAGUAUUUGUUAUGAUCUAAUGCUGUUUUAUAUGUUUUGACAACUCAUUAACCAGUAAUUAGUUACUAAAAAUAUGCCUUUGUUACUAUACAGUACAGUACUACAAAUUAUUUGUUCUUCCACAUUCACUCCACCACAGAAAAUGGGAAGCCAAGAUCAGCGCUAGUUCAACAGUAUUCCUUAUUUUAUACACACAGCUUGCCCUUCAAAUUUGCGGAUUUUUAUUUCACGGACCUCGAUUAUUCACGGAUGACACCCUGGAUGUACCCGAGAAUGUCUAAGGGUAGUUUUAAAGUUGCCGGCACCUUGUGGCCGGG